AAAAAAAUAUUUUUUAAAAAAAAUCUUUAACCUCUAUUACAAUUUAAUUUUAUUAUUAUUAUUAAAUAAUUUUAAACAAAUAAAUCUCGUGAGACUCUGCGUCAAGCACAGUUGAGCGGAUGCAAAAAAAUUGAAGUGUCAACCGCAGAUUUUAGUGUUGACGUUGCAGCACAUUUGCUCUCUUGACGAAGUUUCAGACUUUUCAAUUCCGCGUUAGAGAGGUGCAGAAAUGGCGUUGAUAAGACAAGCUCUCUCUCAGGCCGUUACUCUUGGCAUGAUUGUGUCUUCAGCACUAAUAAUAUGGAAGACAUUGAUGUGCAUAACUGGUAGUGAGUCACCUGUUGUAGUUGUGCUUUCUGAAAGUAUGGAACCUGGUUUCAAACGAGGUGACAUAUUGUUCUUGCAUAUGAACAAAGAUCCUAUUCGGACUGGAGAAAUUGUUGUGUUUAAUGUAGAAGGACGUGACAUUCCAAUUGUCCAUCGAGUAAUUGAGGUCCAUGAGAGACAAGAUACCAGAGAUGUUGAUAUCCUCACAAAAGGAGACAAUAAUAAGCAGGAUGAUAGGCUUUUGUAUUCUCAUGGUCAGCAUUGGUUGAAGCCACAACAUAUCCUGGGGAGAGCUGUUGGGUUCUUGCCUUAUGUUGGCUGGGUGACAAUUGUCAUGACUGAGAAGCCUCUUGUCAAGUACAUACUUAUAAGCGCGUUGGCUUUGCUGGUCAUUACCUCAAAAGAUUAGGGAAACAAGUCUUCAAGACUAGUUAGGUACCAUAUAAGCAUUUUUCUCUUUUGAAACACAAGCAAAGAAAUAUAGAUAUUCAUCUCAAAAAUUAUAUAACAUGAAAGAACAGAUCAUGUUUGUUGUGCUGCACUCAGUUGAUGGAACAUAUUUAUUAGUCUAUUAGCUGAGAAGAUACAGUUAAUGCUAAAUAAAAUACGUGACUUUAGACGUCU